GGCGCGGCGGGAGAUCGACGCGCGGCUCCGCCAAUCCGCGCGGAGGCGCGAAGGGCCCGCCGGGAGCGGGGGCCGGGCCAACAUGGCCGCCUGGGUGCGAUCCGGGUGAGGCUGCCGUUGCCGGCCGCUCGCGCGCCGCCGCCGCCGCCGCCCCGUCAUGCUGGUGCACUUCUUGCGGGUGGGGAUUCGGGGGGGCUGCGCCCCAGGCCGGCCGCUGCACGCCCUCCGUCUCCAGACGUUCUCGGCCGUCAGGUGCCCGGAUGGCGGCCCCGGCUCCCACCUGCUCAAGGCCGCGGCCCACCUGCGCGCCCGGCUCCCUGCCCGCCCACCCUGCCGCAGCCCUGGGGCCUGGCGCUGGCUGGGGACGCUGCUGCUUGGCCCCGUGUUGCUGCCCGGGGCCCCGCGGCUCUACCUGGUGGCUCGCUGCGAGGCCGACGAGGCCCCCCGGGCCUCUCCCAGACCCCGCGUGGCCGAGCCCCGCUUCAACUGGAGGCUCUUCUGGCAGUUUCUGCGCCCCCACCUGGUCCUCCUGGGGGCGGCCGUCCUGAUGGCCCUGGGCGCGGCGCUCAUCAACGUGCAGAUCCCCCUGCUCCUGGGCCAGCUGGUGGAGAUCGUGGCCAAGUACACACGGGAGCAGGCGGGCAGCUUCCGGGCCGAGUCCCGCAGCCUCAGCGCCCAGCUGCUCCUGCUCUAUGGCCUCCAGGGCCUGCUGACCUUCGGCUACCUGGCCCUGCUGUCGCGCAUGGGCGAGCGCAUGGCCGUGGACAUGCGGGGCAGUCUCUUCGGCAGCCUGCUACGGCAGGACAUUGCUUUCUUCGACGCUAAGAAGACCGGGCAGCUGGUGAGCCGCCUGGCCACUGACGUGCAGGAAUUUAAAUCCUCCUUUAAGCUGGUCAUCUCCCAGGGGCUGCGGAGCUGCACGCAGGUGCUGGGCUGCCUGGUGACCCUGUCCAUGCUGUCCCCGCGCCUCACGCUGCUGCUGAUGGUGGCCACGCCGGCCCUCAUGGGCGCCGGCACGCUGAUGGGCUCCGCGCUCCGCAAGCUGUCGCGCCAGAGUCAGGAGCAGAUCGCCCGGGCCACGGGGGUGGCCGACGAGGCCCUGGGCAACGUGCGGACGGUGCGGGCCUUCGCCAUGGAGCCGUGGGAAGAGGCGCGCUAUGGGGAUGAGCUGGAGGCCGCCUGCUGCAAGGCCGAGGCCCUGGGCCGGGGCAUCGCCUUGUUCCAAGGCCUCUCCAACGUCGCCUUCAACUGCAUGGUCCUGGGCACCCUCUUCGUCGGGGGCUCCCUCGUGGCUGGGCAGCAGCUCAGAGGAGGCGACCUCAUGUCCUUCCUGGUGGCCUCCCAGACUGUGCAGAGGUCCAUGGCCAACCUCUCCGUCCUCUUCGGGCAGGUGGUCCGGGGGCUCAGUGCCGGCGCCCGCGUCUUUGAGUACAUGACGCUGCAGCCUCUCAUCCCCCUCUCAGGGGGCCACUGCGUCCCCCGGGGCCAGCUACAGGGUGCCAUCUCCUUCCAGGACGUUUCCUUCAGCUACCCCUGCCGGCCUGGCUUCCCGGUGCUCCAGGACUUCUCCCUCUCGCUGCCUCCGGGCAAGACGGUGGCCCUGGUGGGCCAGUCCGGGGGAGGGAAGAGCACGGUCGCCGCGCUGCUGGAGCGCUUCUACGACCCCACGGCCGGCCGGGUGAUGCUGGACGGCUGGGACCUGCGUGUCCUCGACCCCUCCUGGCUGCGGGGCCAGGCUAUUGGCUUCAUCAGCCAGGAGCCGGUCCUGUUCGGCACCACCAUCAUGGAGAACAUCCGCUUUGGGAAGCCGGACGCCACGGACGAGGAGGUGUACGCGGCUGCCCGCGAGGCCAAUGCCCACGAGUUCAUCCUCAGCUUCCCGGAUGGCUACAGCACUGUUGUGGGUGAGCGGGGCGCCACGCUGUCUGGGGGCCAGAAGCAGCGCCUGGCCAUUGCCCGCGCCCUCAUCAAGCAGCCUGCGGUGCUGAUCCUGGAUGAGGCCACCAGCGCGCUGGACACCGAGUCGGAGCGGGUAGUGCAGGACGCCCUGGACCGCGCCAGCGCCGGCCGCACCGUGCUGGUCAUCGCGCACCGGCUCAGCACCAUCCGCGGGGCCCACCGCAUCGUGGUCAUGGCGCACGGCCGCGUCUGUGAGGUGGGCACCCACGAAGAGCUUCUGAAGAAGGGCGGGCUCUACGCGGACCUUGUCCGCAGACAGGCCCUGGACACCCCGCCCCCCGUCUCCCCCCACGACGCCGGGGACCCCCGCCCCGAGUCCUGAGCGCGGCUGGGGCUGAGCCUGAGGCUUCUCCCUGGACACGGAAGCCGGCCACCGCUGGCCAGGGGAGCCCCAGAGCCGCAGCGUGUGCCGACGGGGGGUCUGCAGGGGCACAGGCCUGAGUGUGGCCAGUGCUGACGAGGCCUUGAAGCCACUCCUGGACUCAGCUCCUGCGUGUUGGCCCCGUGGCCGCCCUGGCCCGUGCCAGACACCUGCCGCUCUGGGCUCUGCCAGGCCCACCCAGGUGGACACCUGAGUCGCAGCUAAUCCGACUUGCGCAAGGAGGCCGUGGCCAUCGCCCGCAGACGGAGCACCUGAGGCUGCAUGCACCCAGAAGCGGGGGCCGGCCCUGAGGAUCAGAGGCGCAAUCUCAGAGGCUCCCUGAGGCGGUGUCCCUGGUCAGCACAGGCUUGCUCCAGCCAAGCCCUGCCCCGCGCCCUACCGCUUCUGUGCUCCCAUGGCCCAUCCCACUUGGGUUCUGAUCCAGAACUUUUCCCCCCAUCGACCACGUCCAGAACAAGGACUGUCUGCUGACUCCGAUGUCAGCCGCGUGCCAGAACCGCAGCCUGGGGCACAGGCCCCAGAGCCAGGCCUGGGUUCAGGACCGGGUUCAGGACCGGGGUGCUCAGCUGCUCCAGAGACCAAGGGCCUGGGCUCCGUCAUGGCCACCACUGCCAAAAGCCAAGCGCAGGGCCAGCUCUGGGCCUCGGCUGUUCACUGCACACCUCCCCCGGGGAAGCCGGCCUGGCCUGGCACCUGGGUGUGAGCCCAGCCCCUCCCCCAGGCUGCCUCCGGCAGCCCCAUGCCCAGGAAAGCCACCACGAGCCACGAGCCAGGCCCGUCCAUCCGGUGCUUGACCGCCUGGCACUGCGGCCCGUGACGGGCCCUGAGCCCGGCGGCACCUAAUCUCCAAAGCUCCUUUGAGGAGUUUGAACAGGAUGAUCUGUGUCUGGUACUGAGCCCUUGCGGCUCUCACCUGGAAGCCAGGUGGGCGGCC